UUUGAAUUCUUAAAAUCUCCUUUUCCAUUUCAUCCGCACCCCUCGUUGUUUGUAUUUACGUUUGCUGACAACCAAAUUUAGACUUACCAAGAUAUUUACUCACCAUAAACAAAUACACGAAAAAAUUCCUCGGUUGAUACUAAAAAGAUUUUCUAAAGAUAAGACACACCUGACAACCUGUUUAUACUUACAUUAUCACCUGCACAUUCAAUACAUUGUUAUAGAACUCGUAGAUAGAUUACUAUGACCAUCCCGUAUAAUAUUCCCAUAUCAGAUCUCGACUACUGUCUUGAACAGCUUCUAGAUCAUAAACCACCCAAGAUCCUACCUCCGGAAACGAUCCAACACCUCUGUCAUACCCUCAAGACUCAACUAUUGUCUGUGCCCAAUAUCAUGCCUUUACAAUCACCAAUAUCAAUAGUAGGGGAUAUACAUGGCCAGUUUCACGAUUUAUUGGAAAUAUUCCAAAUUGGGGGAUCGCCUCCGUCUACAAACUACUUAUUCCUUGGAGAUUACGUUGAUCGAGGGUACUAUUCUGUCGAGACCAUAUCUUUACUUAUUGCAUUAAAAUUACGAUACCCAGACAGAGUGUUUCUUAUUCGAGGCAAUCAUGAAUCACGUACCAUCACCACAAAUUACGGUUUCUAUACCGAAGUGCUUAAUAAGUAUAAUGGAAGUGCCGAAGUAUGGACUUACAUCACAGAUUUGUUUGACUAUUUACCCCUUGGUGCCACUAUAGAUGGUAAAAUAUUUGCAGCCCACGGUGGACUUUCGCCCAGCUGUCAACAACUAGACCAAAUCAGAGCCUUGGAUAGAUUUAGAGAAAUACCUCAUGAUGGAAUAAUGGCAGAUUUAGUAUGGAGUGAUCCCGAUACCGAAAUACUAGAUUUUAAGUUGAGUCCUCGAGGCGCAGGUUACUUGUUUGGGCUCGAUGUCAUAAACAAGUUUUGUCAUGAUAAUGAUCUAAUGCAAAUGGUACGAGCCCACCAGUUGUGUAAUGAAGGAUAUACUAGUUAUUGGAAGGGCAAGUGUUUAACCGUAUGGAGUGCUCCUAAUUAUUGCUACCGAUGUGGUAAUCGUGCCAGUGUAUUGGAAAUCUUGUAUUAUUCGGGAGAGAGUAAGAGCAUGGGUGAACCAAAUGCUAAUGAAAACGAUGUAAAGUAUGAUGACUACAAGAAUAGAUUUGAAGAUUCAAUUGUACAUAAAGUUCAAGGCGUGUUGCCAGGGCAAUUCUUUAAUAUAUUUGAGGCUUCGCCUGAAAAUGACGAGGAUACCCUGAAGGGUAAGGGAGUUAAUGGUAUUAAUAGUGAUGAAGAGUUGGUUGGAAAUGGUGAUUUCUUUUGCUCGUAUUUUAAAGAACGUCCCCGAAAGCAACAUGUUGAGUAUUUCCUAUAAUGAUUUAAUGAUUCUUUUCUCGUAUGUAUUACUAUAUAUGUAUAUAGAUAGAUGUCUCACCUAUAAUAUAAUUCAAGAUUAGAUCCAUCGUGAAUCUCGUAAUCUUCUAAUGUGAUAUGGUCUUUAUAUUCGGUGUAACCUUUCUUGAAGACAAGCUUCUCAUGGGAUGUACCUAUUUGUAGAGAUAUGAUUUUCUUGAGAUCUCCAAUUGUGUCAGUUGGGAGACAUUUGACGUUUAUUUUUUUUCCAAGUCUAUCAUUUGCCUGUAUCGUGAUCAUGUUGGGGUAUGUAUGUAUAUGUGUUGUGUUGUUCUGGCU